CUCGGACCCCACAAGUGGCUUGAUGCUGUGGGUCGACGCGCACCGCCCGACGAGCCUCGACCGCCUGGACUUCCAUGCGCCGAUCAGCGACCGCCUCAAGCGCCUAGCGGCCUCGGAAGAGCUGCCCCAUCUGCUCAUCUAUGGGCCCUCGGGCGCGGGCAAGAAGACUCGCGUCAUGGCGCUCCUCAAGGAGCUCUAUGGCCCGAACGCGCUCAAGACGCGCCUCGAGCACAAGACGUUCAAGCACCCGACGCAGUCCAAGAAGGUCGAGAUCACGACGGUCGCCUCCAACUACCACAUUGAGAUGAACCCAUCCGACGUUGGCAACGACGACCGGCUCGUGGUCCAAGAGGUCAUCAAGGAAAUCGCCAUGUACCGCUUGGCCGACACGAACGCGCAAAAGCAGUUCAAGGUCGUCGUCCUCGUCGAAGUCGACCAGCUCUCCAAGGCCGCGCAGCACGCGCUGCGUCGUACGAUGGAAAAGUACACGGGUUCGUGUCGCCUCAUCCUCUGCUGCAACAGCCCGUCCAAGGUCAUUGACCCGCUGCGCUCGCGUUGCCUUGGCAUCCGCAUCGGCGCGCCGACGCACGACGAGAUUGUCAGCGUCCUGCAAAAGGUCUGCGUCAAGGAGAACCUCACGUUCUGCGCGCCCUUGGCCAUGGAGAUUGCGAAAAAAUCCGAGCGCAACCUGCGCCGCGCGUUGCUCAUGCUCGAGACCUGCCGCGUCCAAACCUACCCGUUCAUGCCCGACCAACCGAUCCCGCUGCCCGAGUGGGAAGAGUACAUUGCCGGUCUCGCCAAGGACGUGCUCCAGGAACAGAGCCCCGGGAGUCUCCUCAAGGCCCGCGACAAACUCUACGAGCUCCUCUCCAACUGCAUUCCGUCCGACAUCAUCCUCAAGGUCCUGCUUCGCGAGCUCACGUGUCGCCUCGACGACGACCUCAAGCACGAGCUCGCCCACUACGCCGCCUACUACGAGCACCGCCUCCAGUGCGGCCAGAAGGCCAUCUUCCACCUCGAAGCGUUCCUCGCCAAGUUCAUGACCAUCUACAAGAAAUUCCUCCUCGACUUUUACAUGUAAUUAACUGACAUCUCCUACUCCA